CUAGAAAGGUUUUAUUUUAGGUGCACCCCUCAAAAGGUUUUCCAUCCCUUAAAAUGUGUGCAUUUCUUAUUUAAUCUAGGAAUACAACUAAAGAGUAUCUCUAGUCUUCAAGUAGUAUAAAAUCAGAAGAAAUUAAUAUAAAUAGUGCCCCUCCAAGGUAAUGCCUUCAAUGAUUGUUUUAUACAAACACUUUUCCAAAUCCAGUAAAAAAUAAUCAAAUUUAAAGUUAGACACACGCACACACACUGUCUUUCUCUCAGCUGCAGGAUACACGCCACCUUCUUCCUCCUCCGACGGGCAGCCAGGGUCACCUCGUCAUCUCGAACCACCGGAGACGGCAGCUCCUUUUGAGCCCUUGAAGACAAAAGGAGAUGUCGCUGUUGCAGCCGGUUAUUCGAAGUUAAACACGGAGGAAACAGGAACACACUGGGCGGCUUGUAACCAGAAAUCACGGUUCUAAUCAGCUGGAGAGCAGGGGGGAAAUCCUCCGGAAAAGUAACGGGGAUUCGUCACCAGUAAGGCCGGGUCGGAGCUCCGAUUCCCGGAUAGAGACUCUACAGCUCUCGUGUUAACAGAGUAGUUGAACAAAGCUCGGAUUGGGAACGCUCAGCUGAGAGACUUCCAGAACCAUGGCGCAGACAUUACUUAAUUUAUCAGCCAACGGGCGCCUCGUCGCCGGCCUGCUGGUCAACCUGCUGUCCUCCAUCUGCAUCGUCUUCAUCAACAAAUGGAUCUACGUCCACUACGGCUUCCCCAACAUGACCCUGACCCUCGUUCACUUCGUGGUCACGUGGCUGGGACUCUACGUCUGCCAAAAGAUGGACAUUUUCGCCCCGAAAAGCCUCCCGAUCCGCAGGAUCGUGUGGCUGGCUCUGAGCUUCUGUGGCUUCGUGGCGUUCACCAACCUUUCGCUGCAGAACAACGCCAUAGGAACGUACCAGCUGGCCAAAGCCAUGACUACACCCGUCAUCAUCCUCAUCCAGACCACGUACUACAAGAAAACCUUCUCCACCAAGAUCAAACUCACUCUGGUGCCGAUCACAUUAGGGGUGAUAUUGAACUCGUACUUUGACGUGCGGUUCAACCUGCUGGGGACGGUGUUUGCAACGCUGGGGGUCCUGGUGACGUCGCUGUACCAAGUGUGGGUCGGAGCUAAACAACAUGAGCUGCAGGUGAACUCCAUGCAGCUUCUGUACUACCAGGCUCCCCUCUCAUCAGGCUUCCUGCUGUGCAUCGUUCCCAUGUUUGAGCCGCUGACAGGAGACGGAGGAAUAUUCGGACCCUGGUCUCUGCCUGCCCUGGCGACAGUGCUGUUCUCAGGCGUGGUGGCGUUCCUGGUCAACCUGUCCAUCUACUGGAUCAUCGGGAACACCUCGGCUGUCACCUACAACAUGUUUGGACAUUUUAAAUUCUGCAUCACUCUGGUCGGAGGAUACUUAAUCUUCCAUGACCCGCUAUCAAUCAACCAGGCUUUGGGGAUCCUCUGCACUCUGGCCGGUAUUUUGUCCUACACUCACUUCAAGCUGGCCGAACAGGAGGAGGGGAAGAGCCGUCUCGCUCAAAGACCAUAGGCUGGCGCACCUGUCAAUCAUCUGCACGGACUCCUGCCAUUGGCCGACGCCUGCAGAGAACUCUUUAUAUAUAAAAAAUGUAUUUUUCUAGAAGAGGAAAGAUUUUCAUCGCUGUCCACUCACCUCAUCCCUCUUUUCACGUGGAUUUUUGAUCAACAAGACUCCUGCUUUAAAGGGAAAAUGGGUGCUGGGAAUAGAAGGUUUUCUUAACUUAAUGAGACUUUAAAAUGGCUGAAUGAACAUGCACAACAGACUUUAAUUUAAAAACAUAUUUUUUACAUGAAAUCAUUUCUCUAAUAUACCUCGACACCGUCUGAGACAAUAGUCCAACUACUUUCAAGCUGUUCCUGCAUUUUAUUCAUCAAUCAAUCAAUUAAUCAGUCAGUAUUUUCUACACUUUUGAGCCAAAUAACAAAUAACUUCACAGAUCAAAAGCUAACAAAUAAUAGGUUUAAUGGUUUAACAGUAUUUUUGUUUAGUCCUGCUCCUUUUCUCGUUCAGCGUUACUUUAAUUUAUGUUUUUCUUUAUUUUUCACAUGUUUGAAUCAGUUUUUUUAAAGCUCCAUCAGUCCCACCUAGCUGUGAUUUCUACCAUAGAUUACAAAACUUUUACAUUUUUCAUUUCACUAAAAACUGAUGUAAUGACCGUUGACUUCUUUAAAACCUGCUUUUUUUGUAAAAACAAUGCAUCGUUUUGCAUAAAAUUAAAAGAGAAAGCACUGAAUUAAUCAAAAAUAAUGCCA